UGGGGUGGAUGGAUGACGCGUCUUCUCCUCUGGCAAGAAAUACGCCAUUUUGUCGUAAAGGUGAAGAGUAGCUCGAGAGAAAGAUCUAGAAGUCUCUUCCCUAAGGUUCAAACUACAAUGGGGAAUAUAAUUGGGAACCUGUUUAAAGGCCUUUUUGGGAAGAAGGAGAUGAGAAUUCUGAUGGUGGGGUUGGAUGCAGCCGGAAAAACAACAAUCCUUUACAAACUGAAAUUGGGAGAGAUUGUAACUACUAUCCCCACAAUAGGUUUUAAUGUAGAGACAGUCGAAUACAAGAACAUCAGCUUUACAGUGUGGGAUGUAGGCGGUCAAGACAAAAUCCGACCUCUCUGGCGCCAUUACUUCCAGAACACACAAGGUUUAAUUUUCGUGGUUGACAGUAACGACAGGGAGAGAGUAAACGAGGCGAGAGAGGAGUUGACGAGAAUGCUUGCAGAGGAUGAGCUGCGGGACGCUGUGUUGCUUGUUUUUGCAAACAAACAGGACCUCCCCAACGCCAUGAACGCUGCUGAGAUCACAGACAAGCUGGGGCUGCACUCCCUGCGCCACCGGAACUGGUACAUCCAGGCCACCUGCGCCACCAGCGGUGACGGCCUAUAUGAGGGGCUCGACUGGCUCUCCAACCAACUCAAAAACCAGAAAUGAUCCAUUCCAUAGGUCGUGUGAGACGGCAGCACCAGUCCCGGCCCCUCCACCCACCUGGGGCCCUGGCUGGUACAGCCCUGCAUAUAUGUGUGUGUGUGUGUGUCUGCGUGUCUUUGAGCUCUGAGUGGGAGCAGCCCUCAUGCACUGUGCCUUACACCUCCUGUGGAAACAGUAUUGCGGUUGUCUAAAGAACACUACCUGCCUUUUUGUCUCUAACUAUGAGAAUUUUUUAACUUGGGCAUUGAAAUUUACUGGGUGUACUGGCAGUCGGUCAAGAAUAGAUUUUAUUACAACAAACUUGGUGUCCUCUUUCUAUGACGAUUAUGAUUGAACAGGGCUGUAGGAAAGAGUGUCUACUAGUUCGUGAUUGUAAUAUAGGGAUUAAAAAAAAAAAAGUGUCUGCCAUUCCACAACACAGGAUUUCAGUAAGGCUGCCUGCAGGACCUGUAGCCAUUUUCAUUUUCUAACUAGAAAUGUUACUUGUGCAUAAAAACACUUAGAAGAUUGGACAUCCUUUUGGGCCCUUUUUAUUUUGGUAAAGUAAUCUUUUAAAAGCCCCCUUUUUGUCUGACCUAUUGGACACUCUUUGUUACAAAUGUUUCACUAGAUAUAGAUUUUGGUAUUUGUCCAUCUAUGAUCUGUUUUAUUGUAUUAAACACUAGAAUCCAGCAAUGUUACAUGUAGAAGAACAUACAAUGAACUGUGCUUGAUUAUUCUUGACCAUAAUUUAUUAAAGUAUAAAAACCUAGAAUGAUGCUGUUUGGCAAAGGAUUGUUUAAAAUUCUCAUAGUAUUUUCAGAAACUAUUACCUUUUUUUUUUUUUUUCCUAAACUGCUAAAUAGAGAGGUUUGCCAGUUAUAUGGGGGUGGGACAGAGGAGGGGAUUGUAGUUUAAAAAAAAGAAAAGCAGAGUGGGUCACGUAUUUAAGGUACAGCUUGCUGAAUUCAGGUUGCUGCAUUGCAUGCCUAUAAGCUAGAGAUCCUAAAAAAUAGUAUGGGUGCACAAAGGCCUGGGGAUGGAAAGGCCUUUACAGAGAGCUGCUGCCACUCUUGUUUUUGGACAGAAUACUUGACUCCCAGAUGGGCUUGCUGCUGGGAAGGAAGGUGUACAGUUGCAUCUAAUUGCAAAUCUAACCCAUUUUGUCUUGAUUUAGGGUAGUUACUGGAAUGGGGUGGGGGUUGUGAAACUGACUUUUAAUGCAGUGUUUGUGUGUUUCUUGAAACUGCACUGAAAGUCUGGUUUGAGCUGCUGUAUGAUGGCUUGCAAAAAGUAUUGUAUUUGCCCCACAAUGUUGUUAAAAAAUGAAAUUGCAUACAACAAAGAAUGUUGGGCAUCAAAGAAGACAAUCCAGACAUGCUGUACCAAUGACUGAUAGCACAAAGAUUACAUUUACAUAUUACCAUUUUGUAAUGUACACAAAGGGAUUCCAGGGAAGGUGCGCUACAGGAGUAGACAUGCAUAGGGACAUAUGGGCACAUAAUUAGGUAAGCUUGAGCUGCAAUGAGGACACGCCUAAACACCAAAAAAGAGCUGAAGGAUGUGUUUUGGCCUUUGUUGUGCUGGGAAAAUAAGACCUGAAUUGGGGCAAAUACCCUAAAUUGGCAAAAUGGCUAUUAUCAAAAAACAAUCGUAACAUAUGUAUCAGCUGUAUGGAGAGAAUAACUAGUACUCCUGCAGCUUAGAAUACAGACUGAUCAUCUCUUUACAAAACACUUGUCGUAAGUGUCAUAAGAUGGCAAAUAUCAUCUUCUGUUGCUCAAAGAAUACUAGGAUUUGUUAU